AUGGAUAUUAGUAUUGAAGAGCUGGUAAGAGAAACACAGAAUCUUACGACUACAGGAUCGUCUGACAGAAGAUCAUUAUACCUAAUUGAGAGCAACUACAGGCAAAUUAUACAAAGAAUAUCCUUUGAGCCUUCCCUUGAAAGCGUGCGUCUGCAUAUAGAUACGAUACAUCCUUUGGUUUCUGCGCUAUCGUCAUCUCAUCAACAUGACAGAGCAAUUCAAGGAAAGCUAUUGCAACAUCUGAAUACACUGAUUAUGUUUCACUUCUGGCAUAAACGAUUCGCCGGAAACAUCUUGGAACUGUCAAAAAAUGAUCAGGUUCUCAGUAUAUGGGAGCAGGCAGUUUCGAAUCAAGAAGACACUCAAUUUAAUGAAAAUUGUGGUCCGGGAAUCCUGAGUCUUAGAGAAUAUCAUUCCAUUGGAUUGCAGGAUAUGAGUACUCACAAUGUCAUCCCUCAUCAGAGAUAUAUUCUAAAGCUUUUGCUCACUGUGAGAUCGUACUUUUUAACUCCAAAUGAAGUUGAUCUGUUAAAAUUGCACGCAAAAUCUGCAGUGGGCCAUGAGUUGGUAUGUUGGUUUAUAAUAAUGAGUGAUAUUAAACCUAGCCUUUUAUUACAUCGAGAGUUGCAAUUCUCAAUUGACAAGAAUUCUCUGUGGCUAAAUGGACUAAUUAUGAAAUCUCCACCGGUGGAUUUUGAACCACUAGUAAGGCUAUUGCACACAAAACCUUUUUUCCUAUUCAAACACAAGGCAUUGCUUCAACACGUGUGCGUAUCCUUAACACAGAUACUCCAUACUUCUAAUAAUGUGAUAGACGAAUACAAAGAUGUUCACUCUGUGUUGUGUCUACAAGCAUUUCUUAUUCUGAUUGGGGAUAUUCUAGUUACAGCACUAAACAACUGGCGAUACAAACUUAAAUUAAAUAAUCCGAAUCUAGAAAAUGAACUUUUGGAUGGUCCGCCUGUUGGUUGGAUAAAUCAAUACCGAUUAAAUGGAUUCUAUUCCAAUGAGAGAGUAAUCCAAGACACUCUGAUGUCAAUAAUCAUUUGCUUGCAACAACAAACCCGUCAUCUAAUCAAAGGGUUUGAUGAGGCUUACCUUCAAUUGCAGAUAAACUCAUUGCUGUCCACUGCUGUAUUAUGUGAGAAUAUGGGUGAUGAAUCUGGUCUUCUCCACUCAGCUAACAUGGCUGUUUGGGCAAAGGUGGUACAAUUAUACGGAGAUCAGGCAAUAGUGAAAUUGUUGAAUAUGGCUACUGGACGAUGCUUCAAGGAUGUACGUCUAGUAGGAGCCGUGGGAAGAUUGCUGGCAGAACCAGUUGGCACGUCGCAACAAUCCCCAAGAAAUGAAAUAAGUGAAAACGUAACGUCAAAGACAGCAAUGGAGUCAAUAUUGAUAACACCACUGGCAGAGCGGUUCGUACGUCGUUUUGGAGCCGAUAUGAGGCUCAGCGUGCUAACAGCACGAUUGACAAGAAGACUCUCGAGUGACAGUAGGUUGAGUAAAGUAUUCGCUUAG